CCCUGUAAUUCCCAGAUUUAGUCAUUUUUCUUCAAGAUUGUUGGAAGAUCUCAUUUUAUGAAGUCUCUUUUUUUUCUUUAAAACAGAUGCCUGUACAGGGGGCUACAGCCUAGUUAGAUAAAGAAGCUGACAUUCAACCCCUUCAUUCAAGUUCCUACCCUGCAGAAUACAGCUGCUGUCAACACAGAGGAGACAAUGGUGGUGGAGGAUUCAUCUAAAGAAAUGCAGGAACAUAGUGUCUGCCUGGAAUAUAAUAACUGCUUGCCUUUCAGUGGAAAGGAACAAUUUGGUACACAUAACCAAGAAAAAUAUAGAACAACUCGAAGUUCUGAAACUCUUCACAGACAUGCUUUGUGCAUCUUCAGUGCUUUGAUCAUGGUUAUAUCUAUAGUUACACUUUCUGUUACUUUGACAGUAAGAAAGGAAAAAACAAUCUCAGAAGUGCAUGUGCAUUUCACCUGCCCACCAAUGUGGAUUGGAUUUGGAAAAAAGUGCUUUUAUUUUUCUGAAGAAACAGGAAACUGGACAUUCAGCCAAACUUUCUGUGACUUAUUGGAAGCUAAUCUUGUUCAGAUUGACACCAAAGACGAACUGGAAGUUCUGAGAAGAUACAAAGGUCCUCAUGAUCAUUGGAUAGGCCUUAGCAGGGAAUCGCCAAGUCACUCUUGGAAAUGGACAAAUAAUGCUGGAGGCAACAUUGUGUUUCAGGUCAGAGGAACUGGGGAAUGUGCCUACUUGAAUGACAAAGGCGUGAGCAGUGGAAGAAUUUACUCAGACAAAAAAUGGAUUUGUAGUAAAACAAAUGUCUCCACUUGUAAAAUUAUUUGAAACUCAUGAGCAGAAAAGCUGUAUUGUGCUUGUUA